UGGGGCUCGACUGGGAAACCAGCGCCCGUUUGUUGCUUUCUAGUUUCGUCUUUUUCACCGGAGCCUCCUUCUGCUUCACAAGCAUAACGUUGCAGCUUCAUUAAUUCAUUGCUUUUGGAUAGCUUCGAAAGUCUGAAUGGAUCCAUUUGUAACCUCGCCCUGCAAACGGGCUAAUGCCACCGGAGAGAGCGGCAACCCGAGAAAAAGAAUCAAACUGGAGGAAGAGGAUGAGGAAAGUCCAAUCAUGGCAGAGUUCUCCAAUCCCAUUCCCUGGCAAAAAAUUGAAGCAGAGGAACUGGACUGUGACUAUGCGCUGCUGUUUUCCAAACAGCAAGCAGAUGAGCUCUUUAAGAGGCUUGAGAAAGAAGUGGAGUAUUUCACAGAGGAGGAGACCAGGGUCUUGGUGUUUGGGAAGCUGCACAGAAUACCUCGGAAGCAGGCGACAUACGGUGAUUCGGGUCUCAUGUAUUCCUUCUCUGGGGUGCAUCUUUUAGCGAGGCCAUGGACACCCACGUUAGAGUACAUCCGUGAUGCUGUCACCGACGCCACGGGGAACACCUUCAACUUCGUCCUUGUAAACAGGUACAAAGAUGGGCACGAUCACAUCUGCGAGCACCGUGACGACGAGCGGGAACUGGACCCCACCUGCCCCAUAGCCUCGGUAUCCUUGGGGGCAGCACGCGACUUCAUGUUACGGCACCGGGAUUCACGGGGUCAGCAGCCCCAGCGCCGGAUCAAGCCAGUGAAGCUGCUGCUGGCCCAUGGGAGCCUGCUGCUCAUGAACCAGCCCACCAACACUCACUGGUACCACAGUGUGCCUCCCCGGAAGAGGGUUCUCACGCCACGCAUCAACCUCACCUUCAGGAGAAUCGUAACGGAAAACGUCCUUGGACCAGCUCCUGCACGGGCUCGCAGCUAGGCACUGUAUCAGCAAGGUGCACCCUACACUGGGUCACCCCAACACUGACAUGACUAGUUAAGAUGAUGGCUUUUCGAUGUGUUCCUACUAGGACUUCUCAGAUUUGGAGAUAUGUUGUUUGUGACCUGAAGUUUAAUGUCAGUGAAGCUGUUGUUCAGGGCAGAAAUAUGAAUCCUGUAAUCAGAUUUAUUUUUUACAUCACUUCAAAGUGGGAAGAGGAUUUGUGAAAGACAGUAUCACUAAAGGUCAACUGGCAAGAGAUUAAGUAAACAGUACUACCCUCA